AUGGGUUAUCCAGAAUGUGAUGGUCCACAAGAGUCACCGAUUCAUAUUAAUACUGCGAAAACAGUAUAUACCGACUAUCCUCCUUUUGAGUUCUCACAUGCCCUUGGUAAACUAACAACGGUAACAUUAACUAAUAACGGCCAUUCAGUACCUGGAACCUUAACAAAUACAAAUAUUUUACAUCAAAAACAAUAUUAUAUUAGCUUUGGUGGUUUACACAAUGGAGAAUAUUAUCUUGUUAAUUUUCAUAUGCAUUGGGGAUCAAGUGAUGACGAGGGCUCUGAACAUGAAAUCAACGGGAAAAAGCACGUGGCGGAAGCACAUUUUGUUUUUAGAAGUGAUCAAACAAAUGAAACAGCUGUAUUGGCAUAUCUUUUUGACGUAUCGGAUAAUGAAAAUGCACAAUGGGCAGAAUAUGUUUUAUAUGCAAGUGCUUUAAAAAAAGUAAAUCAAACCAAAAUAUAUACGACAAACAUUAAACAAUUAAUGGACGGUGGUAAACAUGAGUUUUUGCGGUAUACGGGUAGUUUGACAACACCACCAUGCACCCAAGGUGUUAUCUGGACGAUAUUUACACAUUCGAUUCACCUUAGUGCUGCCACUUUUCAGCUACUUAGAGAAAAUGUGUUUAAAACAUGUUUUCGUCCAGCACAACAACUGCAUAAACGAUUGGUACAUAGAAAUUAUCAUAUUAAUUUUUAA